AUGCCAUCACCUCCAAAACCUUGGGAAGUGAACAAUGCCAAUGCCAAUACAGCAGUUGUAACUUCACCUACAACUGCAGCAUCAUGCUGUUCAACGAAUGCAGCUCCAGAUGUUCCUGCUAGAUCUACGAAUACAACAACAACAACUUUAGAUACAACAGCUUCUCCAGCGAGACCAACUUCCAUUGGCAACACAGGAUAUGGCUCUUUAGGUAGCGGUUACACUUCCGGAUAUGGAAACGGCUAUGGCGGUUUGGGGUCGUAUAAUCGAUUUGGAAGCAGUUAUGGUGGUUAUGGUGGCAGUUACGGUGGCUAUGGUAGUUAUGGUGGUUAUGGAGGCGGAUAUGGUGGUUAUGGAAGUUAUGGAGGCUACGGCAUGAAUCGAUACGGUGGUGGUUAUGGCAAUCGAUUCGGUCCACCAGGUGCUGGGCCUGAAGAUAUGAGUCUUACACAGCGAAUGGAGAUGGGCACUCGGUCUACAUUCGAAGUUAUUGAAAGUAUUGUCGGCUCAUUUGGAGGUUUCGCACAAAUGCUGGAAUCUACUUUUAUGGCCACACAUUCAAGUUUCAUGGCCAUGGUAGGUGUAGCAGAACAGUUGGGUUUCUUGAAAAACUAUCUUGGACAAGUGUUCAGUAUCUUUGCACUCUAUCGACUGGUCAAGAAGAUGUUUUAUAAAAUCACCGGUAGGCUGCUUUCAGCCAAAGCAAUGGAACUCAACUUUGCAGAUUUCCAGCAAUUCGAACAGAAAACAGCAGCAGCAGCAACAGCAGCAGCAGGACCAAAGAUGUCCCGUAAACCACUUAUCAUUUUCUUUGCCAUGGUGGUUGGUUUACCUUACAUGAUGCAUAAACUGAUCAAAGCCAUAGAACGACAACAAAAACGGCAAAUGGCUUUGCAGGGCAAUACUCCUGCCAACCCUGCUACUAAUCCAUUGGCAGGUAUUGACCCUUCCAAAUUAGAGUUUGCUCGAGCUAUGUAUGACUUUAAUGCAGAAUCAGCAACAGAAAUGACGCUAAAAAAAGGAGAUAUAGUAGCUAUUAUAUCCAAGCUAGAUCCUAUCACGAAUCAGACAAGUCAAUGGUGGAGAGGACGAUUGAGAGAUGGAACAAUGGGCAUGUUCCCUGCUAAUUAUGUUGAAAUCAUUCAUAAGAAUGGACCACCAGCCUCAGCCCAGAAUAAUGACAAUCAUAAUGCUUCGAAAGACGCCACCGGUGCUUUGCAGCAAGAAAAAAUAGCUGCUAUUACUGCUGGACCAGAUACUACUACCAAUACCAUAACUGCAACAACUGCUUCUGAAGGAACUCUCCAGAAAUCUACUUAA